UUGUUUACGCCCAGUCAAACACCUUGGUCUCCGUCUAUUUCGUGAACAGUCCAUUCAUGGAGUCAUGAGCAAAACCACCACCGUUGCGACCACGACCACCGCAUUUCUCCGCAAUUGCAUGCUCGAAUUUCUCUCCCCUCUUAAUCCAAGAAAGAGCUUUCUAAAGCAGGUUAGUUUUCUCUUCUUCAUUAAAUCCCAAUUCUUAAACACUGCUUCUCAUACAGACCUAUCUCUAUCAUCACACUCUGGAGCUCACAAAGCAAACAAAACCCACAUAGAUUUAUCUUCUAUAAACCCUAAUGGUAUUGCAAACAUUAUUAUAUCUAAAUAUCGCCAGUUUCUUAAUAGAAGUGAAAGCGAAAGAGAGAAUCUUGCUAAGUAUUCUUCUCUCAAAGAACUUCUUCUGGACAUUUCUGAUGUAAUACCCUAUGAGACACGUCGUUUUAGGAGAAUUUUGAGAUUGACACCUGAAGAUGUGCUUGAAAUGUUACUGGGUUUUCAAUUUGAGUGUGAAAAAGUCGCAAUCAAGAGAAAAAAGGUCGAGUCUUUGUGGGGAAUUUUCAAUUGGGCUAGUGACCAAGAUAAGGGUUUUAAGCAUCUUCCUAAGUCAUGUGAGGUUAUGUCCUCUUUACUUAUUAGGUAUGGGAUGCUUAGAGAGGUUCAGUUAUUGCUUUUGGCAAUGGAGAGAAAAGGAAUUUCGUUGGAUAACAAUGAAAUUUUUUCUAAGUUGAUUGAAGGGUAUGUUGGUGUUAAUGAUUUAGAAAGGGCAGUGUUAUUGUAUGAACGAAUGAGGGAGCAAGGUUUGGUACCAUCACCCUUCUCUUAUAACGUUCUUAUUUAUCUUUUGGUGAAAAUGAGGAGAACCCAAUUGGCAUUUCGAGUUUGUUUGGAUAUGUUCGAAAUUGGGACUAAUUUGAGUGAUAGGGAAAUGGCUAGUAUUGAUAAGGCUAUUAGAUUACUUUCUGGGGAAGGAAUGGUUCAUGAAGCUAGAAACCUUAUGAAGAAGGCUUUGGCUUUAGGUUUUGAGCCUAGUAGCUUGGUUAUUAAUGAGAUUGCUUCUGGUUAUUGUGAGAAGAAGGAUUUUGAAGAUUUGCUUAGUUUUCUUGUUGCAAUGAAGUGUGCACCAAAUUUACUAGUUGGCAAUAAGAUAGUAUGUGGUUUAUGUAGCAAUUUUGGUGUAGACAGAGCAAAUUUUUUCAUGCUAGAACUGGAGAAUUUAGGUUUUAGGCCUGAUGAAAUAACUUUUGGUAUCUUGAUUGGUUGGUGUUGCGGUGAGGGGAAUUUGAGGAGUGCCUUUAUUUUUUUGUCGGAGAUGUUGUCAAGAGGCUUAAAGCCUAGUAUAUACUCGUACAAUGCGCUUAUUGGUGCAAUGUUUAGGGAGGGUAUGUGGAAACAUGCCCAAGACAUUCUUGAUGACAUGACGGAUAGGGGAAUGACCCCAAAUUUAAUUACUUUCAGGACUCUUUUGGCAGGAUAUUGCAAAGCUAGAAAAUUUGAUGAAGUUAAGAUAAUGGUUCAUAAGAUGGUGAACUGUGGUUUAAUUGAAUCCUCUUCACUGGACAAUCCACUUUCCAAGGCAUUUAUGGUCUUGGGACUGAGUCCAUUGUCUGUGCGGUUGAAAAGAGAUAAUGAUGUUGAAUUUUCUAAUACAGAAUUCUUUGAUAAUCUAGGAAAUGGUCUCUAUUUGGAUACAGACCUGGAUGAGUAUGAGAAAAUAGUAAAUGCAGUUCUUAAAGAUUCAAUUGUACCUGACUUUAAUUUACUUUUGAGGGAGGAAUGUGAUCAUCGAAAUUUUAAAGCUGUAUUCUCAUUGAUAGAUGAAAUGAUUCGAUGGGGUCAAGAACUGUCUCUGCCUGUUUUCUCAGCAUUACUUAAAGGGCUUUGUGCAUCCAGAUCCCAUACUAGGGCAUGCAGCCAUCUUAUUGACAAAUUGCCAAAGUUGGCUAAUCAACUUGACUUUGAAGUUCUUAAUUUGCUUGUUCAAGCAUACUGCAAGAGUGGAUUGGUAUACAAAGGAAGGACAAUUUUUUAUCAAAUACUUCAGAGGGAUAUAACAAUUGGAAAUGAGACAUACACUGCUCUAAUUAUGGGAUUAUGCAAGUUGGGAAAUUUGCAGGAUUUUCAUUAUUGUUGGGAUAUUGCUCGAAAUAGUAAAUGGUUACCAGAGUUACGGGACUGUAAAUCUCUUGUAGAAUGUUUAUUACAUCAUAAGAUGCUCAAGGAGGCAUUGGAGCUUCUUGAAAAAAUGCUGGUAUCCCACCCUCACUCAAGGUCUGAAAUUUGUCAUGUGUUUCUUGAAAAGCUUUCUGUUACAGGCUUUACAAGUAUUGCACAGAACUUAGUGGAUGAACUGGUACAGCAGGGAUGUUGCUUUGGUGAGACUGCUUAUAGCCAUCUUAUAAGAGGGUUAUGCAAGGAGAGAAAUUACAUGGGGGCCUUCACAAUAUUGGACACAAUGUUGGCAAGGAACUUACUUCCAUGCUUCGAUGUUUCUCUUAUUUUGAUUCCUCAUUUGUGCAGACCUGAUAGACUUCAUAGAGCUCUUGCUUUAAAGGAGAUCAGCUUGAGAGAGCAAUCCACGUUUUCUUUUCCUGUCCACUAUGCUUUAGUUAGAGGAUUUUGUAUGACGGGGAUGGUAGGAAAAGCAGCCAAUGUAGUCCACGAUAUGUUGUUGGAGGGGCUAUUUCCUGAUGCUAGAAUUUGUAACACAAUGUUUCAAGGGUAUUGCCAAGCUAACAACUUGAGGAAAGUCAACGAGGUACUUGGUGUUCUCGUAAGAAAAUUUUCAGGCCCUUCAAUAUCAAGUUACCAGAAUUUGAUGCGCUUGUUGUGUAUGCAGAGUAGUUUCAGUUAUGCAUUAAGCCUGAAGGAACUAAUGCUAGGAGACGGUAGGCAUCGUAGCCUCACCAUUUACAACAUUCUGGUUUUCUAUCUUCUCUCGGCUGGGAACAGCUUGCUCAUGGAUAAAAUUUUGUAUGAAUUGCAGGAGAAGGGUGUACCACUUGACGAAGUUACUUAUAAUUUUCUUGUAUAUGGAUUUUCAAAAUGUAAAGAUGCGUCUACUUGUCUACACUAUCUGUCUACUAUGAUUUCAAAGGGAUUUAGGCCAAGCUAUCGUAGCUUAAAAACAGCAGUAACGUGCCUGUGUGAUUUUGGAGAACUUGGUAAGGUCUUGGAGUUGAGUCGAGAAAUGGAAAUGAGAGGUUGGGUUCAUGGAUCAGUUGUUCAAAAUGCAAUUGUUGAAGGCCUUCUCUCUCAUGGGAAGAUUCAAGAAGCUGAAUAUUUCCUGGAUCGGAUGGUAGAGAAAGGUCUAAUUCCUGAUACAAUCAAUUAUGAUAAUCUAAUUAAGCGGUUUUGUUUCUUUGGAAGACUGAAUAAGGCAGUUGACCUUAUGAAUGUAAUGUUGAAGAAAGGAAACAUCCCUGAUUCUGCCAGUUAUGAUUCGGUAAUCCAUGGUUUCUGCACAAGGAAUCAACUGAAUGAAGCUAUGGAUUUCCAUGCUGAGAUGUUGGACAGGGAUCUUAAACCAAGUAUGAAGACUUGGGACAUGCUUGUUCAUAAACAUUGCCAACUUGGAAAAACUGCAGAAGCAGAAAACCUACUCAUUUAUAUGGUCCAGUUUGGUGAAACUCCAACCAGAAUAAUGUUCUCAUCUGUGAUUAAUAGGUAUCAAAGAGAAAAUAAUCCAAGGAAAGCAUCUCAGCUCAUGCAAUUGAUGCAAGAGAGUGGUUAUGUACCAGAUUUUGACACUCAUUGGUCUCUCAUAAGCAAUUUACAGAGUUCCAAAGACAAGAAUAAUAAGAACACCAAUCAAGGUUUCCUGUCAAGGCUUCUUUCUGGAAGUGGACUUUCUUAUAAAAAGGAUUCCAAGGUCAAAGUGCGAUAAUACAUUUUUGUAAAUAUAAGAUUUCUCAUUUUCUUUAAUGAAUCUUAUUACAUUUGUUGAUAGGUUGAUUCAAUCUUGCAUGAAAAUUUUUUCAACUUUCAUGUACUUAAUAGCUUAUGUAGUUAUUUUGUUCCAAGUUUUAUAUAGUAAGUUUUCUAUAUUAUGUUCUAUGAUGCACAGAAACUCUCGGUCAUGGGCAUUUCUGCAGCCUAUUUCUCUGUGCGUAUAAAAUGUUGUUUCUCAGUAUAAAAUUAUAAUUGUUGUUUUCCCA